GGCCCAAGAUGGCGCCGGGCCGCUGGCGCCAGGGGCGGCGGCUGCUCCGCGCUCUGCUGCUCGUGGCGCUGCUGGGUCCCGCCGCCGCCUUUUCUUCGUCCUUCUACAGCCCCGGCGAGCCGCGGAGCAGCGUGCGAGUGCUGUGCGGCUCCAACUGGAGCCUGGUGUUGCAGGGCCAGUGGAUGUUGGAGUUUUACGCCCCGUGGUGCCCGGCCUGCCGGCAGCUGGAGCCCACCUGGGAGAGCUUUGCCAAGGAGAGCGAGCGGCUCGGCAUUGCCGUGGGCAAGGUGGAUGUCACUCAGGAGCCAGGCUUGAGUGGUCGUUUCUUUGUCACAACACUUCCUACAAUUUACCACGCCAACGAUGGAGUGUUCCGCAGAUACCGCGGCUCCCGCACCCUGGAGGAUCUCCAAGGCUACAUCCUGGAGAGGAAAUGGGAAGCUGUGGAGCCUGUGGCAGGAUGGAAGUCUCCGUCUUCUAUAAUGAUGCAUGGCAUGGCAGGGCUGUUUCACUUCUCAGGAUGGAUCAGGCAAAUUCAUAACUACCUCACUGGCACUCUUGGAGUUCAUGUUUGGGUUUCCUAUGCCAUCUUCAUCCUAGCUACCUUACUGAUUGGCCUGCUCUUAGGUUUGGUCCUGGUUUUGAUUUCAGACUGCCUCUGCCCAGCCAAGUCAAAACACUUGGCUGAAACACCUGAGGAAGCCGUCAGCAAGGAGAACGCGGAGAACGCGGCGCUGGAGCAGCCCGACGAGGCCGCGCGGCUCUCUGCCGAUGAGGCUGCUGAUGUCAACGACCUCUCAGAUGGAGAAGAUGCAAACUCCAGUGCUGACGAGUCAGAGGAGGAUUUAGCACUUGGAAAAGAAUCAGGGGGAGAAGAGACAGAAGACUUGAGCGAGCAGCCUGCAGCUGAAGCAGAGACUGAAAGCACAGUGAGGCAGCGGAAGAGUCAGGGUGCUGAGAAGGAACUAUAGCUUCCCCCGUGGUGUCUCUUGUACACCUGGACCAAAGAAGUGUCAGACCCCUCCGGGUCUGAAGCUGGAGCUUACACUUGAUUUGUCGUUGGUGUUUACGCAAAGCUCUGCUCUGCCAGCAGGCUCCUCUUUUUUUUAAGCUUAGUACCUGCUUACUUUCUUUGAUAAGCACAUUUGCUGUGUGUUGUGUGACCUUAGCCAUGACAAUCAGAAUCAAUGUCUUAUCUGUUCCAUGUCCUCAGAGAAGAAGGGGGUGUCAGCCUCAGUUCACCAGCUCUGAAAUGAUCAUUGUGCGUGUGUGUCCCUCUAAGGACUGACCUGGGCAAGAUCAGGACUUUUAACUCCACGGUAGCUUGGCAGGAUUGUGACUUUUCUGUCUGAGUGUUGAUUGUUCCCAAAUGCCACAGAAGCACAGAGACAAUUCACUAGUGAAAGGAGGCACUUUACUGGUCUUCUAUCAGAAAUGUUGUGUACCAUGGGUUUGUUUUUAUCACUUUCAGCUGAAGCACCUUUCUAUUUGCAUUUGUUUUGGAAGUUGAUCCUGCAGCUCACCCCCAGAUGUGUCAGUUUUUGGUGAUCCAGCGGCUGUGCAGCUUGAGUUGUUUGACCCAAGGAGCUGGAGUAAUUAAAAACCUCAGGCAGAAAGAGUGGCAGCUAAAUGUUUAAAAUGUGUUGGAACUUUUAGAAGGUUUAGAGGAAAUUAUUUUGGUGGGGGGGGGAGAAAUUUUGC